AGCAAUCCUGCCGUGUGUGAAUGUAAGGCUGCUUCACUCUGCGGCAGCUCUCAGGAGAGGAACAGUCUGGGGAGGAAACAUGCCAAGAUACACAGUGCAUGUCCGAGGAGAAUGGCUGGCAGUGCCGUGCCCACACGGCACAAACACGGUCGGAUGGCUGGGAAAGGAGGCUGUGAGGCGGUACAUGAAGAACAAACCUGAUAACGGCGGAUUUACCUCAGUGGAAGAAGUAAAGUUUUUUGUUCGGAGGUGCAAGGGUCUCGGCUUGCUGGAUCUUGAUGAUACAGUGGAGGAUGCCCUGGAGGACAAUGAGUUUGUUGAAGUUGUUAUAGAGGGAGAUAUAAUGUCUCCAGACUUCAUACCAUCUCAGCCAGAAGGAGUUCAUUUAUAUAGCAAGUAUCGAGAACCAGAACAGUAUAUCUCUUUAGAUGGCAACAGCUUAACAACGCAGGACUUGGUCAACUUAGGAAAAGGGCUCUACAAGAUAAAGCUCACCCCUGAAGCUGAAGCUAAAGUCAAGCAAUCGCGAGAAGUGAUUGAAAGGAUUGUAAAGGAACAGACAGUUGUUUAUGGAAUCACCACGGGGUUUGGGAAGUUUGCCAGAACUGUCAUUCCAAACAGCAAACUGAUGGAGCUUCAAAUGAACUUGGUUCGUUCACAUUCUGCAGGUGUGGGGAAACCUUUAACCCCAGAGAGGUCCCGCAUGCUGCUGGCACUGAGGAUCAAUGUCCUAGCAAAGGGCUACAGUGGAAUAUCCCUAGAAACCCUCCAGCAAGUUAUUGAAGCAUUUAAUGCUUCCUGCCUGCCUUAUAUCCCUGAGAAGGGAACGGUUGGAGCCAGCGGAGACUUGGCCCCUCUUUCUCAUCUUGCGUUGGGAUUAACAGGAGAGGGAAAGAUGUGGUCCCCAAAGAGUGGCUGGGCUGACGCUAAAUAUGUCCUCGAAGCCCAUGGUCUGAAACCAAUUACCUUGAAACCAAAAGAGGGUCUGGCUCUCAUCAAUGGGACACAAAUGAUCACCUCGCUGGGAUGCGAAGCAGUUGAAAGAGCUAGCGCCAUUGCUAGGCAAGCAGACAUAGUCGCUGCCCUUACACUUGAAGUCCUGAAGGGUACAACUAAGGCCUUUGAUACUGAUAUCCAUGCUGUACGUCCACAUCGAGGGCAGGCUGAAGUGGCAUUUCGAUUCAGGUCCCUUCUGGAUUCUGACCAUCACCCAUCAGAAAUAGCAGAGAGCCACCGAUUUUGUGACCGAGUUCAGGACGCAUAUACGAUGCGCUGCUGCCCUCAGGUCCACGGAGUAGUAAAUGAUACAAUCGCUUUUGUGAAGGACAUCAUGACAACUGAAAUCAACAGCGCCACAGACAACCCAAUGGUGUUUGCUGAAAGAGCAGAGACCAUUUCUGGAGGAAAUUUUCACGGUGAAUACCCUGCAAAGGCUUUGGACUACUUGGCAAUCGGUGUGCACGAACUCGCUGCAAUUAGUGAAAGAAGAAUUGAGAGGCUCUGCAACCCUUCCCUCAGCGAACUGCCAGCAUUUUUAGUCACCGAAGGAGGUCUGAACUCCGGCUUCAUGAUUGCACACUGCACAGCAGCUGCCCUGGUUUCGGAGAACAAAGCCUUGUGCCACCCCUCCUCUGUGGAUUCUCUGUCCACCAGCGCUGCUACGGAGGACCACGUGUCCAUGGGAGGAUGGUCUGCAAGAAAAGCACUGAGAGUCAUUGAGCAUGUGGAACAAGUUCUGGCCAUAGAGCUGCUCGCUGCCUGCCAGGGCAUUGAAUUCCUACGCCCCCUGAGGACGACCACCCCAUUGGAGAAGGUCUACGACCUCGUGCGCUCAGUGGUGAGGCCUUGGAUGAAGGACCGCUUCAUGGCCCCGGAUAUUGAAGCUGCUCACAGGUUGCUGGUGGAGCAGAAGGUGUGGGAAGUAGCCGAACCUUACAUUGAAAAAUACAGGAGAGAACACAUCCCUGAAUCCAGACCUGGUUCACCAACAGCCUUCUCCCUGGGAUCGCUGGAAAGGAAAACACACGAUGGCCACAACCACAGGCAUCACAGUGAACUGUAACAAUUGCUCUCCUCAGGUACAGAGCAGACCUGCCCUGAGUGUGGCUGUUUCACCAAAACUCAGCGUGGUUUCUUCAGGUGGCCCAAAGGAACCGUCUGUCUCACUCAGGAGCACAUAGCAGUAGUUAAGAAAUGGCUCCCUAGUUCCUUCUCAUGGGAAAGACAACUUGGUCAUGAUAGUGUGCAUUUUAUUACACACCCUGAGCUUUCAAACACAAAACAUUCAGACUCCUGCUGAAAUCAGUGGACGUUUGACUCAGUGCCUUCUGUAUUUUUGUCAGCUCUUUGCUUGUAUUCUCCAUAUCUCUGCCAAUGAUAUUGAACAGCUGAGACUUGUUAUUCUUACUUUUUUUCCUAUUUUUCUUUUCCUUUGGGAAACUGCUGCAGUACCCUUCAUUCUGCCAUGAGCAAAAUUAUCUCAACGCUUAACCCUUCUCCCCUUUGUUCCUGCAGCACCAGGCACAUCUUAUGUGAAGCAUACAGAUUCUUGUAUAACAAAAGCGUUUUGGAGACAGGUGCUUCAUAAAUCAAAAGAGCUCUGUGCGUAAGAACACGCUGUGGUGAUUACUCCUCCAGAACAAAAACACUGCAUUCUGAUGAUGGACUACAUUUAAUGAAGAUUUUCAAGACCUAUGGGCUCACACCUGCAAUAAAUGCAGAGGCUCCACAUAUGGCUACAGCAA